AUGAACAGGGAAGGAGAUUGGAUGUGUGCUGCAUGCCAGCACGUAAAUUUCAAGAAACGGGAUGGAUGCCAACGAUGUAGCUGUCCUAAAUAUGCAACGUCAGCUGACGUUGCAAUGUAUGGACUAAACAAAACAGAUGUUCUUGCUGGAGAUUGGAACUGUAGUGCUAUGAACUGUGGUUCUCACAACUAUGCAAGCAGAACAAGUUGCUAUCGAUGUGGUUCCGCAAAAAGUGAUUAUUAUGGUAUUGGGACAGGAAUGAUGGCACCAGCAGGUUAUGGAUAUGAUUCAAGUGUUCUUCCUGGUUGGAAGACUGGUGAUUGGAUUUGCAGCAG